AAAAUCCCCUGUCAUUCGAUGAAGUUCUCGUAUUAAAAGUUUCGUUGUUUCUGGGGGUUCCUCGAAGACACAGAGCCAGGACUCUCGUGAGUCGUGACAGUUUAUUUUUCAACACUUGUUUCCGGCGAAUUGUUCAACAUAACUCUCAAAUCGUUCUGAAAGAGCGAGAGCAAUACCAAAAAUUUCUUCUUGUAUUUGUGAUCUCCGAUUCAUGGAGAACUCACAAGACUUGAACAACAUCGAGGGGGAUGGGGACGGAAGGAAGUCCUCUGCAACUUCAUCGCCGUGCAGCUCCGUGGGAUCAGUUGCUGAUAUUCUACUGUGGAAGAGGUGGCAUAUUUCCCUUGGCGUCAUCGUUGUUGCAACAGUUGCAUGGGUCCUACUUGAGUGGACCGGUUUACCAUUUUUAACAAUUUGUUCAGAUGUCUUGUUGAUUUUGAUCGUGCUAUUGUUUCUCCAUGCAAACUAUGCUGGCCUUAGAAACAACAGACAACCACCGGCAUUACCUGAGUUAGUAGUAUCAGAGGAGAUGGUUAAUAAUGCAGCAGCUUCCCUUCGGGUUAAAAUCAAUAAUGUGCUCCUUAUGGCUCAUGACAUCACUUUGGGAAAAGAUUUUAGAAUAUUUUUCAAGGUAGUGGUCUUUCUGUGGCUCUUGUCUGUCAUUGGCAGCACCCUUUCUUUUUUCACUCUGGCAUAUAUCGGAACACUUAUAGCGUUUAUUGUUCCAGUACUGUACGGCAAGUAUGGAGGUUAUGUAGAUAAAUGCUGUGGGAUAAUCCACAAACAAUUUUCAAGACAUUACAGAAUAGUAGAUGAGAGCCUUUUCAACAGACUCCCGCGGAACGCACCUAGAGAAAAGGACUCAUAAUUCAAGAUUCACCUACUUGUAUGUUUGGUGUUUGGAAAUCAGCUAGUUCUCCAUGUUGUUACGGUUGUUAACUUCUUUCCUUCUUUUUCACCUCGCAUGUAGGAAUCAUUUUUUUGUAGUUAGAUGCUAUUCUACAGCUCUGGAUUCAUCUGUAAGCUGGGUGCUUUCAUUUGCUGGAUCCACGACUUAAGAGGAAUGUACAUAGGCUUGUAUUAUAGAUGGUUUGAGAAGUUAAUGGGCAGAUUUUUUGUCUUUUAUUUUAUCUUAUCUAUUUUUGGGUAAUGGAAAUAGCAGGAAAUUGUAGUGUUUUUCAUUGGCAGUGCAGUAAAUUGCUCAAAUUUCACCGUUUUUAUGAUCUAACGGGCUAACGGCUUUAGAGGAAGAUGCCAGUUUAAUUUGCAAAAUGUGUCGCUUUGUUAGUUGA